UUCUCAACACAACACUAAAGACAAUUGUACCAACCACACAACCACAAGAGAGAGAAAAGUGAGAAUGGGAAAGAGAGCAACUACUAGUGUGAGGAGAGAAGAGUUAAACAGAGGAGCUUGGACUGAUCAUGAAGACAAGAUCCUUAGAGAUUACAUCACCACUCACGGCGAAGGCAAAUGGAGCACUCUCCCUAACCAAGCUGGUACUAAUCUCUCUAUCUACCGAUCCGUCUUUAUAUCUUCUACGUACAAUAAUUGUCUUGGCACACAUAAAAGGUCUCAAGAGGUGUGGCAAAAGCUGUAGACUUCGGUGGAAGAACUACCUAAGACCGGGGAUAAAGCGCGGUAACAUCUCAUCUGAUGAAGAAGAACUCAUAAUCCGUCUCCAUAAUCUUCUUGGAAACAGAUGGUCGUUGAUAGCUGGGAGGCUUCCAGGCCGAACAGACAAUGAAAUAAAGAAUCAUUGGAACUCAAACCUCCGCAAAAGACUUCCCAAAACUCAAACCAAGCAACCAAAACGUAUAAAACAUUCGACGAACAACGAGAAUAAUGUAUGUGUUAUACGUACAAAGGCGAUUAGGUGCUCAAAGACUCUUCUCUUCUCGGAUCUCUCUCUUCAGAAGAAGAGUAGUACUAGUCCACUACCUCUGAAAGAACAAGAGAUGGAUCAAGGUGGAUCUUCGUUGAUGGGAGAUCUCGAAUUCGAUUUCGAUAGGAUCCAUUCGGAGUUUCACUUCCCGGAUUUGAUGGAUUUUGAUGGUUUGGACUGUGGAAACGUUACAUCUCUUGUUUCAUCUAACGAGAUUUUGGGAGAGUUGGUUCCUGCUCAAGGUAAUCUCGAUCUCAAUAGACCUUUCACUUCUUGUCAUCAUCGUGGCGACGAUGAAGAUUGGCUCCGAGACUUCACUUGUUGAGCCUAUAUUGCAAAAACCUACGUUAAUACAUAUUUCUCUAUACGGACAAAAGUAUAUCUGUAUUUGUCUGAACGCUUCUAAUUACUAACUUACUAAGGAGACCAAGAAAUACAAAUAAUUAUACGAUCCACAUGUUAUAGAAAUGGGUUUUGUCUUUAACUAAUAAUUUUUUAUUAUUGCAAAUACGUACGACAUAAAUAUUUUUGAUAGAUUUUGUAAAUUUAUGUAUGAG